CAAAUUAACCAACUUUUACGCCACAAAUACUUCAUCUUCCAAUUUUCUUGUUUAAAUUUGUUUACAUUCAUUUUAGGAGUAGUAUCCAAUGUAAAAUACGUUUUUUUAAUCGCCUUAGGAGAUUUACGCAAAUUUGAAAAUAAUUUUUGUUCAGGCCUCCUAGUGGAAAAAACGAUAGCUCUUUGUAGAAAAAACGACAGCUCGAUUGGAGGAAAGCAACAGCCCUAGUUGACGAGGCUUCCCUUUUUUCACACUUAGCAUUUUAUUGGCAGAAACAUUUUUUUUAAAGAUCGUGGAUGUGACAACUGAUGACAAUGUGGGUCCAUAUAGGUCCGCCCGUGUUUAUAAACAAGAAAGAGAGCUAGACAACCCAUCCUUUUUUUUCAUUCUCUGCAGCUAGUAGUGAAACAAAAAUGGGGAGAUCUCCCUGCUGUGAUAAACUUGGUCUAAAGAAAGGUCCAUGGACUCCUGAAGAAGAUCAAAAGCUUCUAGCUUACAUUGAAGAACAUGGUCAUGGCAAUUGGCGCGCCUUACCAACAAAAGCUGGCCUCCAAAGAUGUGGUAAGAGUUGCAGGCUUAGAUGGACAAAUUACCUUCGGCCUGAUAUUAAGCGUGGAAAAUUCAGCUUACAAGAAGAACAAACUAUCAUUCAACUUCACGCUCUUUUAGGCAACAGGUGGUCUGCCAUUGCAACGCAUUUGCCAAAGAGGACAGACAAUGAGAUAAAAAAUUACUGGAACACGCAUCUGAAGAAGAGACUAGCGAAGAUGGGGAUAGACCCAGUGACACAUAAGCCAAAGAAUGAUGCCCUCCUUCCCGCGGCCGAUGGCGAUGGAAAAGUGACCAAGAAUGCAGCUAAUUUAAGCCAUAUUGCACAGUGGGAGAGUGCUCGGUUAGAAGCUGAGGCUCGUCUUGCUCGGCAGUCUAAAGUUCGUGGUAAUAGUAAUAGUAAUAAUGUUAAUAUUAAUAGUUCCACUUUUGCCUCAUCGGCCAUAUCACCUGAUGUUCAUAUUAAUGAUCAUCAUCACCAAAUUGUACCCCCGCUGGGUCUAUUGUCGUCUUCGUCUUCCUCAUCGUCAUCAGUAGCUGCAGCUCAUCAUCAUCACCAUCAGUAUCUCAGUGUGACUACUAAUGCUAGUGUUAGUGUUAGUGUUAGUGUUAGUGCUGCUACUACUACAACUAAUACUCUUAAGGCUUGGCAUAGUGUGUGGCCUAAUGCGACUACUAGCACGUAUGAUAAUGAGCCAAUUAUAUGCUUUGGAAUGGGAUCAAACGGAAUAGGUGGUGGUGGAGUUGGUGUCGGAAUCGAGUCACCGACGUCGACCUUAAGUUUCUUAGAGAAUGCCCCGCCCGUGAUCCCAGGAGCCGUGAUAGAGUUCAUGGGGCAUCACAAUGAUCAUCAACAAGAACAAAUGGUCAAGAAAGAAGGAGAUCAUCAUAAUCAUCAACAACUACAACAACAUAAGUGGAAAAGAGGUGGCGCCUUUGACAACGGGAUAGAGAUAGAGAUACAGAUGAAUUCUUUACCAUUCAGCCCUGCAUCAGCCGAAUUCCAUGACAUGAACGCCAUCUCAAUCCACCAGUCUAAGGAAACUCACGGCGGCAACGAAAAAGAUGACGACGAUCAAGAUGAUCUUGACGAGGAUCCCGAUCCCGAUCACGGUCAGGGUUUCAUAGAAGGGUUCACCGAACUUUUGCUUAGUACUAACACUACAACUGACACCACGAUUAAAACAACUAGUUGUGGCGAGAAAAGUCGUGCAAAAGAUGGACAUGUAGACGAGGAUAAUAAUGAUAAUAGUAGUGCUGGUACUACUUCUAGAAGCGGUGGAAGUGAUUACUAUGAAGAUAACAAGACAUACUGGAAUAGUAUUCUCAACCUAGUCAAUUCUUCUCCUCCUCCUCAUUCUCCCAUGUUCUAAUCAUGCAUUAUCAUUUUCAAAAUAAAUUUUUAGCUUCUGUCUUUUCUAUCUUGCAGCUCUAAACCCAUCUUCAUUUUUUCUUUUUCAUUAAUUAUUGGUUUUGAUUUGAUUAAAUGUAAAUCCAUUAAUUAGCGGUUC